AUGAAGUACAGCCUGGUCUUCGCGCUACCGGCUUUGGCCGCCGCGUCGCCUACCUUCAACGUAGAGACCAUUCACAAGAACGCCGCCCCAGUGCUGUCGUCGACCUCUGCCAAGGAGGUGCCCAACAGCUACAUGGUCGUCUUCAAGAAGCACGUCAAGGAUGCCUCCAAGCACCACGACUGGGUCCAGAGCGUCCACACCAAGAACAACGAGGAGCGCAUGGAGCUGCGAAAGCGCUCCUCGCAGUUCCCCGUUACCACUGAGGUCUUCGAUGGUCUCAAGCACGUCUACGAGAUGGCUGGCAUGAAGGGCUACUCUGGCCACUUCGACGACGAGACCAUCGAGGCCAUCAGGAACCACCCCGAUGUCGACUACAUCGAGCGCGACUCAGAGGUCCACACUCUCGGCCACGACGAACCUGAAGUCGAGAAGAACUCCCCCUGGGGUCUCGCCCGUAUCUCGCACCGCGACUCCCUGAGCUUCGGCACCUGGAACAAGUACCUCUACGCCGCCGACGGUGGUGAGGGCGUUGACGUUUACGUCAUCGACACCGGCACAAACACCAAGCACGUUGACUUUGAGGGUCGUGCUAAGUGGGGCAAGACCAUCCCCAACGGCGAUGCUGACGAGGAUGGCAACGGCCACGGCACCCACUGCUCCGGCACUGUCGCCGGUAAGAAGUACGGUGUCGCCAAGAAGGCGCACGUCUACGCCGUCAAGGUCCUCCGCUCCAACGGCUCCGGCACCAUGUCCGACGUCGUCAAGGGUGUUGAGUACGCUGCUAAGUCUCACUCUGAGACUGUCAAGGCCGCCAAGGAUGGCAAGAAGAAGGGCUUCAAGGGAAGCGCCGCCAACAUGAGCUUGGGAGGUGGCAAGUCCACCACCCUCGACCUCGCUGUCAACGCUGCCGUUGACGCUGGUAUCCACUUUGCCGUCGCUGCCGGUAACGACAACGCCGACUCCUGCAACUACUCCCCAGCUGCUGCUGAGAAGGCCGUCACCGUCGGUGCCUCCACUCUCCUCGAUGAGCGUGCCUACUUCUCCAACUACGGAAAGUGCAACGACAUCUUCGCCCCUGGUCUCAACAUCCUCUCCACCUGGAUCGGCUCUGAGCACGCCACCAACACCAUCUCUGGAACCUCAAUGGCCUCUCCCCACAUUGCUGGUCUCCUCGCCUACAUGCUGUCUCUUCAGCCUAGCAAGGACUCUGCCUACGCUGUCGCCGACAUCACCCCCAAGAAGCUCAAGGAGAACCUCAUCUCCGUCGCCACCGUCGGUGCCCUCUCUGAUGUCCCAAGCAACACCAAGAACGUCCUCGCCUGGAACGGUGGUGGCUCUUCCAACUACACCGAGAUUGUUGAGAAGGGUGGCUACUCUGUCAAGAAGGCUGCCGAGAAGGAGGAGGAGUCCGAGUUCACUAUCACCAUCCCUUCUCUCUCCGAGAUUGAGGGUGACUUUGAGAGCGCUAAGGAGUCUGCCAGCCGCACCGCUCACCGCGCCGGAGGCAAGCUCCAGCACCUUGAGCAAGAGAUCGAGGACUUCAUCGCCGAGGAGAUGGAGUCUAUGUUUGAGAAGGUCAAGGAGCGCGUCGCUAGCCAGUAA